UGGCGAUAAAUCUCGUGUUGUUUAUCGCCGUUAUCUUCACACAGCCAGGAUACAUUAACGCUGUAGGAAGAGUCGGGGGUUAAAUUUGGAGGUAGAAAUGUCAGAAAAGUUAGUGUUUUACUCCGAAACAAAGUCCAUCAUGGAGACCGUCAUUAAGACCGCUCUUGUUGUCGGAAAUUCAAAAGAACAAUCCACGAAGGCGGCAAGUGUGCGACGUGAGACGGAUUUUGACAGGCUUGUGGAAAUGUUGACCCGGGAGGCUACGAGAAAGAUCGGCGCCAUUUUCUCUCAACUGUCGUCAAUGCUGCACCACGAAAACAAGACUCUGAAGACCAAAGUUGGGCAGCUGGAGAGCGACCUGAAGACUACGACUGAAAACUUUGAAAACGCCAGAAUGUGGAGAGAAAACGUCCUGAACGGCUGCCCGGUCCUGUUUGAGCAGAGCGGGUUGAUCUACACCCUGAAGCCUUUUGGGAAGUUAAAAAGAAAGACAGACACAUUACCAGAGGGAGGCCCAAAACCAGCGCCUGCUGCUGGGAGGGAAAGUGGACAUGAUGCUGAUGCUGGAGAGGUAACAAAGGAGGUGAACUCUGAAGCUGAGUCCUCACCGGCCAGUAAACAAGACCCGGCAGAUGAUUGUACCACAACAAACACGGCAGAAACCCAAAGCACCGAGAGCCAGAACCCACAGGAAGCAGGAGUCCCAACGAAAGGGAAGUUGUUUGUGUGUUAUGUUUGUAACAAGAGCUUCAACCGGCAGUUUCAUCUGAUGAAGCACAUGAACACUCACAAAGAACAGAGGCCUUUCGCCUGCGACCAGUGCCCGAGAAAGUUCAGGAACACGGCAACUUUUGAGUAUCACCUGCUGCGGCACGAGGAGAGGAAGUACGCUACCUUCAAGUGCCAGCUCUGCGAGAAGACGUUCAAAACCAAAAUGCACCUGAAGACUCACCAGCUCGUACACACAGACACGAGGCCGUUCACCUGCUCCACCUGUGGGAAGGCCUUCAAAACUAAACACAACCUGCAGGCUCACCAGGUCGUGCACAGUGUCGAAAAGCCCCACAAGUGCUCCGAGUGCGGGGAGAGUUUCCGGUACGCGUUCACGCUGCAGUGCCAUAAAAGCACCCAUACUGGUGAAAACCCUUACAAAUGCACGGUGUGUGGCAAAGCGUUUAUAAAGCGGAGGUCGCUCCGGACGCACCAGUCAGUCCACAGAGGGAAAAUGUUCACGUGUGAGACGUGUGGCGCCGGCUUCACCCUGCAACAAAACCUGAAGAGACACAUCCGCAUUCACACGGGUGAAAAACCGUUCCAAUGUAAAGUCUGCGGAAAGAGUUUCAUUCAGGACAACAAGCUGAAAGCCCACAUGCUCCUUCACGGCGCCUCCAAGUCGUUCAUGUGUGACCUGUGCGGAAAGACUUUUCUGUACAACUGCCAGCUGCAGAAACACCAGAAAGUGACCCACGACGAAAGACACGGCCAGGUCAUCCGACGACGGACUCGAGGGAGAGGGAACCGGCGGGUCAUCUACCGACGGGACCGAACGACAGUGGAUGUGACGCCGUUCAGCUGCAAGACCUGCCGCAAGAGUUUUGACAACGCGAGUAUGCUGCGACGACACGAGCUCAUUCACACGGGUCAGAUGCAAUACAACUGCGACACGUGCGGGAAGACUUUUUUCUACAAGGUGACGUUCGACUACCAUCAACGAAUCCACUCGGGGGAGCGGCCGUUCGGUUGUGACGUGUGCGGGAAGAGGUUCAUCAUCCUUCAGGCUCUCAAGUCCCACAAACUGCAGCACUCCGGGGAGAAGCCACAUACAUGCGAGCAGUGCGGCAAGGCCUUCAGGAUCUACUCCAACUACCUCAGACACUUGCGGGUCCACACGGGGGAGAAGCCCUAUGAGUGUGAAGUCUGUGGCGUGAGGUUCAGGCAGCUCGGACACGUGAAGUUUCACAUGCAGGUCCACACGGGAGAGAGACCGUACUCUUGCAGCAGCUGCGGACUUGGAUUUUCAGACUCGAGGAUGCUCAAGAAACACAAUUGUGCUGAGAAAUACCAGAAAGUGUUCGGGAACACGCUCUCUAAGUCCGUAGUCCGAAUGUCCGACUUCGAGGGGCAGGUGGGCUCCAUUGUGGAGUUAAUGGUGAAUGCGACCGUCACAGAACUGACCAAAGUUAUCGGCGGCUCCUCGUCAACACCUCCAGGAGAGUCAACAUCAUGUACGACUGAAAACGUUAACGGCUCUUUGGAUGAGAAGCUGAUCCAUUUCAGCGUCUUCAUGACGUCUUUGGCUCGAGAAGCCGUGGAGAAGAUCUGCCAGCUUUUCCUCGAUUGUUCCUGUGUGCUGCAGUUACAAGCGACACAGGGCGUUGCUGAGAUUGAGGAGCUGAGGAGGAGACUGGAGGUGGCGGAGACGGAGCUGAAGCUGGUGCUGGAGGGCAGCGGAGGCCAGAACCAAGCAGAGGAGCUGACGGAGGGAAGCAGCGGAGAGAAGGAGGGUCCGACGGCUUCAACCGUGGGAGCAGAAGGAGAGACUGUCCCGAGCCAGCGCUCAAGCAGGAAGAGUCGCAGAGUUGUGGCUAGCGGGGUUGCUGGAGUGAAGAGAUCGCCUAUAAUUCACCUGUGGAAAGUCAGAAGUUAUGAGGAAAACGUCCAACCUGUGAUAAUAAAGGAAGAAGAAUUGGAGGCGUUUGCUGACCAGGCGUUCUCUGAUUCGGGUCAGAACACACAUGACCUAGGCCUGAACGAUGAUGACGACCCAGACUACCAGUUGGAGCCAGAGGAUUCAGACGACGGUGACCCAGGAUUCACUACAAGACCUGAACGUGUUGUGAAGCCCAAGGCCCAUCGAGGUCGUUCAAAGAAGGAGGGUCAGAGUCAGAACCAGCAGCCUCUGAGCUGCAAACACUGCAAGAAAACCUUCACCAAGCUUCUGCAGCUCAAAGCCCACGAGGCCGUGCACGGGGCCAACACUGAGAAGGCCUUCCACUGCUCUCAGUGUGGAAGAGGCUUUUCAAUCCAGCGAAGCCUCAACGCACACAUGCUGCUUCAUACUGGUGAGAGACCACACACCUGUGAUGUUUGUGGAAAGGGUUUCACCCUGAAGCAGCUGCUGAGGAACCACCAGCGUCUCCAUGCUGAGGUCCGGCCGUUUCACUGUGAAGUGUGCGGAAAGAGUUUCUACCGAGCCCACGGCCUCAAAAUGCAUCAGAUGGUCCAUACGGGAGAGCGGGCCUAUAACUGCAAGUACUGCAAGAAAAGCUUCACGAUUCAAGGUAACCUGCAGCGCCACCUGCGCAUACACACGGGGGAAAAGCCGUUCAGGUGCGAGACUUGUGGCAAAAGCUUCAACCAGGCGGACACUCUGAAAGGCCAUAAGCGCAUACACAGCGGUGAGCGUCCCUUCAGCUGCGAGACCUGCGGUAAAGGUUUCAUCCAGAAGAGUGCCUUGAAGAUGCACCAGAAGAUUCACUCAGGCGAGGACCCGCUGGCGAGCGUAACCUGCGUAGCGUGCGGCACUACGAUGGCCUGCGUCAACUCGCUUCGUAAACACAUCCAGACGCAUGCGGCGACCAUCCCGUGUACGUGUGUGCUCUGCGGCCGGCGGCUCAACUCAAUCACCGACCUGCGCUCGCACCAGCAGCACCACACAGUGGACAGGCCGCACAGCUGCGGGCUCUGCGGCAAGAGUUUCAAGUCGGCCAGUUACCUGAAGAUUCACCUGAAGGCGCACAGCGGGGAGAAGCCCUUCUCCUGCGACAUCUGCGGCCGCUCAUUUACACAGCACAGCAGCCUGAAGUCCCAUCAGACUGUCCACACAGGGCAGAAACCGUUCCGCUGUGCCACGUGCGGAAAAUGCUUCAGCAACUCCGGAAACCUGAACAGACACCAGCGGAUCCACACUGGGGAGAAGCCUUUCAGCUGCGAGACGUGCGGACGCAGCUUCAACCAGGGCAACAGCCUGAAAGCCCAUCAGCAGAUACACACCGGGGAGAAACAGUUCAUGUGCGACAAGUGUGGGAAGAAUUUCUCCUACCUGAGGAACUUGAAGGACCACAAGUGUUUUUAUGUCUGAAGCAAAACUCUGUCAGCCCUGGUGACUGAGCGGCUGACGUUAGGUUUUCUUGUACCUGUUGAGGAAUAAAUGAGUGGAUAUAGAUAAUAAAAGAAGACUUUGCUGUGAAA